AUGAAAAUCUUCAGUUGGAACCUCCAGGGAUUGGGGAAUUCUUGGACGGUUCGGGCUCUUAAAUUAUUCAUUAAGAAUAAUUCCCCAGACAUUUUCUUUUUGAUUGAAACAAAGUUAGUUCGCAGUGAAUUUGUUGAUUCUGAUGGUAGGAAGGGUGGAUUGGCUCUUUUCUGGAGGAAAACUAUUGAUGUUAACAUUGUUACUUCAUCGCAUAAUCAUGUGGCUUUUAUGGUUAUAUUUGGUGACUUUAAUCUUCAUUUAUUUCAUGGCGAGAAGUAUGGGGGGAGAGAUAGUGACCAACGGGAGAUGGAUAUGUUUCGAGAGGCUCUUGAUAGUUGUGGUGUAGCUGAUUUGGGGCACAAAGGUGGUAUCUACACCUGGUCCAACAGACGACGGGAUGACAAUCUCAUACAAAUUCGUCUUGACAGAUUUGUGGCCAAUAUGAAAUGGCAGGAAUCCCACCCGGGUUGGCUUGUAUCUCAUCUUUCAAGGUAUAAGUCAGACCAUUGCCCCAUUCUCCUUGACUCUACGGGUUUAGAUCGGUCGAGUGAAUUUGGUAAUUUACUUAGUUUUUUUAACUCUUUUAAUUCCUUUAUAGUUGAUUCUGAUGGUAGGAAGGGUGGAUUGGCUCUUUUCUGGAGGAAAACUAUUGAUGUUAACAUUGUUACUUCAUCGCAUAAUCAUGUGGCUUUUAUGGUAACGGAGGCUUCAAUAGAUAAUUCUUGGAUGGGCAUCGGGAUGUACGGUUGGUCUGAAUCUCAAUAUAAGUCUCGGACCUGUGAGCUUAUUAAGGAUUUGCGGUGUGUUGCUACACAACCGCAGGUUAUAUUUGGUGACUUUAAUCUUCAUUUAUUUCAUGGCGAGAAGUAUGGGGGGAGAGAUAGUGACCAACGGGAGAUGGAUAUGUUUCGAGAGGCUCUUGAUAGUUGUGGUGUAGCUGAUUUGGGGCACAAAGGUGGUAUCUACACCUGGUCCAACAGACGACGGGAUGACAAUCUCAUACAAAUUCGUCUUGACAGAUUUGUGGCCAAUAUGAAAUGGCAGGAAUCCCACCCGGGUUGGCUUGUAUCUCAUAUUUCAAGGUAUAAGUCAGACCAUUGCCCCAUUCUCCUUGACUCUACGGGUUUAGAUCGGUCGAGUGGUGGGGUUCCUAGAUCUAGACCGUUCCGCUUCGAACAGAUGUGGAUGACGAAUGAUAAUUUUGAUGGGGUGGUCUCGGAAGCUUGGAGGGAGUCGGGAAUGGGUAGCAUGGAUUUUAUGACCAAGAUUGAAGCUUGUGGGGCGAAUCUCAAGAGUUGGGCUCUCUCAAACUUUGGAGCUGUUAACAAAAGCAAAAAACAAAAGCUUGAGGAGCUGUUACAGCUUCAAAAUCAUACCGACCCAGACAGGGUCUAUGAGCGGUGUCAGCAGGUCUCGGCUGAGCUGGAUGAUAUCCUUACGACAGAAGAAAUAAUGUGGAAGCAGAGGUCGAGGGCAGAUUGGUUGCGGGAGGGAGAUCGCAAUACAAAGUUCUUCCAUAAUAAAGCAUCAAAUAGGAAAAAGAACAAUUUUAUCCAUCGUAUCCAAGAUGGAAGUGGGACGUGGAAGCAAGGAAAGGAGGUUUUUACCGUGGUUGAGGAGUAUUAUCGGCAGUUGUUCACUACCUCCUACCCUACGAACCAAGACAGAGUGUUGGCAUGCAUUGAUUCGGCUCUCACAGCUGAACAAUUCUCAGAUCUGCAACGUCCGUUCAGCGAAGAGGAAGUUAUUGCGGCUCUCAAACAAAUGGGAUCGCUAAAGGCUCCAGGACCUGAUGGUAUGCCUGUCCUGUUUUAUAAUUCCUAUUGGCAUGUGGUGGGGAAAGACGUUAUCGCCUGUAUUUUGGAUUUCCUCUCUACUGGAACUAUGCCCAGCCGUGCUAAUCACACUUUUCUCACUCUCAUUCCGAAGAUUGCUACCCCUGAGACUAUGAAAGAUCUUCGACCUAUAAGUCUUUGCAACGUAAUCUAUAAGUUAAUAGCUAAAGUAAUUGCUAAUAGACUUAAAGGUGUGCUAUCUGGGUUGAUUGAUGAAGCUCAGAGUGCUUUUGUUCCGGGAAGAAUGAUCACGGAUAAUGCUAUGAUUGCCUUUGAGGUUUUUCAUUCUAUGGCAAAGCGGUCGCAAGGGAAGCAAGGAGCGGUCGCUCUGAAACUUGACAUGAGUAAGGCUUACGACAGGGUGGAGUGGAGCUUUAUUGAGAGAGUAUUGGAGAAAAUGGGAUUUCCACAUCAUUUUAUUCGGCUGAUUAUGGUUUGUAUCUCGUCAGUCUCCUUUUCGUUCCUCAUUAAUGGGACUCCUUUUGGUCUGCUUUACCCAGAGCGGGGCUUGCGUCAAGGUGACCCCUUGUCGCCAUAUUUGUUCCUGAUUUGUUCGGAGGGAUUUUCUGCUCUUAUAAGGAAAGGUAUCCGAGAUAGAGUGAUAUCGGGUGGUAGGGUCUGCAGGGGUGGUCCUCGGAUUAGUCACUUGUUGUUUGCUGAUGACAGUGUCCUUUUCAUUAAGGCUUCAUCUCGGGAGGGGAGGGCUCUGAAGGAAAUAAUCACGUCGUAUGAAGAAGCUUCGGGCCAGGUCGUUAAUAUUGAUAAAUCAGAAAUGUUUUUUAGCACAGGUGUUGCUCAAAAUCAUAGAACUGAAUUGGCUGAGAUGUUGGGGUUCAGGGUAGUCGACUACUUCAAAAAGUACCUGGGUAUGCCCACGCUAGUCGGACGGUCUAAGAAACCCAUCUUUGCGUUCCUUAAAGAACGGCUUCAUAAGAGAGUUCUCGGGUGGAAAGAGAAGUUUCUUUCGAAAGCAGGUCGCGAGGUGCUUAUCAAGUCAAUAGCCCAAUCAAUUCCCACGUAUGUUAUGAGUUGUUUUGCACUCCCAGUUACUUUUUGUAAUGAGAUGAGGAGCAUUAUCUCGAAAUUUUGGUGGAGCGGUACUGAUGACAAAAACAAGAUUUCAUGGGUGAGUUGGCAGUCUAUUUGCAAACCAAAGAGCGAGGGUGGUCUAGGCUUUCGGAAUCUCCAUGCUUUUAAUUUAGCUAUGUUAGCUAAACAGGCGUGGAAGCUAGCGCAGGACCCUCAUUCCUUAUGUGCCAGAGUUUUAAAAGCGAAAUAUUUUCAGCACACUGACUUCUUGCAGGCAGGAGCUCGGAGGGGGUCGAGUUUUCUUUGGCAAAGCAUCAUGGAAGGAAAACGAGUCCUUGACACAGGAGUUGCGUGGAGAAUAGGUAACGGGGAGAAAGUGGAUGUGGGGUGUAAGGUGAAAUACUUCUUAACUGCUGAUGGCCGAUGGGAUGUUGAGAAGCUCCAGAAUUGUUUUUCAUCAGAUGACGUAUCCAACGUUCUCAAAAUCCCACUUAGCAGGAAUCUUCCGCCAGACAAGCUUUUUUGGACGUUCAAUAGGAACGGUUUUUAUACGGUGAAAUCGGGAUACUAUCAGGCUUGCAAGGUUCUUCACAGGGACGUAGCAUCAUCGUCUUCCUCACAUAAUAACGAUGGUCUAUGGAAGAGAAUUUGGCGGCUCUCAGUGCAACCUAAGGUUCGUCAUUUCAUUUGGCGUAUUUUGCACGAAUCUCUUCCAUGCAACGCAAAGUUGGCUCGUCGGAUUCCUGCGUCAUCAGAGUUAUGCCCUAGGUGUGGUGUUGUAGAGGAGUCUCAGUUACAUGCUCUAAAGGAUUGUGAGAUGUUCAACCGGCUUAAGAAAGAUGAAGUUCAUAUUUUCGUCAUGAGUUUGUGGGUUAUCUGGCUGGAUCGUAAUAAUAUUGUCUUUGACAAUAAUCGCCACCCUCCUGAUUUGCUUUUCCGGUCUGUCUACCCCAGGUCUGACCAACGAUCAGCUUCUGACCGUCGGUCUAAUGCUCUGCGACCUCCUGUUCUUGUAGAAUGGGAACCUCCAGCCACGGGGACGGUGAAGAUUAACACUGACGCUGCGAUAUCAGCUGCUAAGAACCGCUCUGUCUCCAGUGCUAUUUGCAGGGAUGAGAAUGGAAGGGUGUUAAGGUGGGGAGUUAAACUGAUGCAAGGUGUUGUGGAUGCUGAGCUUGCCGAAGCCCACGCUGUACUUUUCGGAAUUCAGCUAGCUUCAACGUUUUUGGGUACUCAGUUGGUAUUUGAAUCCUAUGCCUCAAAUGUUAUCAGCAGACUGUUGAACCCGUCAAGUGCGAUUGAUCCUAUUCAGUUGGUGAUUGAGGAUUGUCUGGAUUUGGUGAAGGGUAGCAACGUUGUCUUCAAGUUUGCUCGUCGUCAAUGCAACCAUGUUGCCCAUGCUUUGGCAAAAUGGGGAGUAUUUUAUGAUAAAGAUUAUAUUUGUAACGGGAGCGUUCCUUUCCCGGUGAAUGAACUUAUUAAUGUCUCUUGUGAUUGA